CUGCUUGAAUAGAAGAAUUCCUAAACAGCGCUGUUUCUGUGGUGUUUAAUUAAUAAUGGAAUGAUAAAUUACUAAAAGCUUUUUCCCAGCUUGAAGAUGGUUGAAGCUGUCAAUAUUUUACAAACGAAAACACAUUCUGAUAAUUAGUAUUGUUGCUUUCAUAACAGUGACAGCAAUUUCAUGGAGAUUGAUCAUCACUUAUACGAAUUCGGUUCUGUUGAAUACCAUAUCCAAUCUUCAGCAUCAGAUACACAUUAUAUCUACCUGUCAGUGUCAACCCCGCUCCUUUCCCAGGGAGUCAUGCGUCCGUAUGGGAUUUCACAAUAUACUAAACAGAUGGUAAAGGGAAUUCGUCGUGACGUUGUGGAGAUUGUUGAACCUGCAAAAGAAGGAUACCAGCUUACUUUAAGACUUGAUUUUUCUGAGAUUCCAAAUGGAAAAGAUUCUGUGAAGGUAAUUGCAGACAUUGCUGCUGUGCAAGCAGUAAUCUUAAGUUCUCAGCUGAAAGAAAUGUUGAUGAAUGUUAACCCUCAAGAUACAUCGCAAGGAAUGUAUAAGCCACUCAAACUCGAAUAUCACCCAAGAGAGCCUUUCUUUAUUAUUAAACAGCCACAGAAAAUCAUAGCAGUAUUCCCGAUACGUUUCAAAGACAAAACAGAUGUCAUUAUUGCAACGGCAUUCUUGACAAACCCAUCAAAGUCCUAAACAAACAAAAACCCA